AUGGAGUGCGCCCUCCUGUUCGCGUGCGCCCUCCGGGCCGCGGGUCCCGGGCCGCCGUGGGGCCCCGCGGGACUACGGCGUCUGGCCAAGGCGCUCCAGCUGUGCUGCCUCUGCUGUGCUUCGGUGGCCGUCGCCUUAGCCAGUGACAGCAGCAGCGGUGGCAGCGGAUUAAAUGAUGAUUACGUCUUUGUCACGCCAGUAGAAGUGGACUCGGGCGGGUCAUAUAUCUCACACGACAUUUUGCACAACAGGAAAAGGCGUUCGGCACACGGUGCCAGCAGCUGCCUGCACUACCGCUUUUCAGCAUUUGGACAGGAUCUACACUUAGAGCUUAAGCCCUCGGAGAUCUUGAGCAGUCACUUUAUAGUCCAGGUACUCGGAAAGGACGGUGCUUCAGAGACUCGGGAGCCUGAGGUGCAACAGUGUUUGUAUCAGGGAUUUAUCAGAAAUGACAGUUCGUCCUCUGUUGCCGUGUCUACGUGUGCCGGCUUGUCAGGUCUGAUAAGGACAAGAGACAAUGAGUUCCUCAUCUCACCGCUACCUCAGCUGCUGGCCCAGGAACACAACUACAGCUCGCCUGCAGGCCACCAUCCUCACGUCCUGUACAAAAGGACAGCAGAGAAGAGGGUCCAGCGGUACCAAGACUACCCUGGCUCCCACGGAAUUUAUCCUGGUCACUCCCCAAGUCACACUCCCCCUGCCUCCCAGAGCCAAGAGACAGAGUACCGCCAUCGAAGGUGGCAAAGGCAGCAUUUCUGUGGACGACGCAAGAAAUAUGCCCCCAAGCCUCCUGCAGAGGACACCUAUCUACGCUUUGAUGAAUAUGGGGGCACAGGGCGGCCCAGAAGAUCAGCUGGAAAGUCACAAAAGGGUCUCAAUGUAGAAACCCUCGUGGUGGCAGAUGCAAAGAUGGUGGAAAAACACGGCAAAGGUGAUGUUACCACGUACAUUCUCACAGUCAUGAAUAUGGUUUCUAGCUUGUUCAAAGAUGGGACCAUUGGAAGUGAUAUAAAUAUCGUGGUUGUGAGCCUAAUCCUUUUGGAGCAAGAACCUGGAGGAUUGCUGAUCAACCACCAUGCAGACCAGUCUCUAAAUAGCUUCUGCCAGUGGCAGUCUGCGCUUGUGGGAAAGAAUGGCAAGAGGCAUGACCACGCUAUCCUCCUUACGGGAUUUGACAUUUGUUCCUGGAAGAAUGAACCAUGUGACACAUUAGGAUUUGCCCCAAUCAGUGGAAUGUGCAGUAAGUACCGAAGCUGUACCAUCAAUGAAGACACAGGACUUGGCCUUGCCUUUACCAUUGCUCAUGAGUCAGGGCACAACUUUGGCAUGGUUCAUGAUGGUGAAGGCAACCCCUGUAGGAAGGCGGAAGGCAACAUCAUGUCACCCACACUGACUGGAAACAAUGGGGUGUUUUCAUGGUCUUCCUGCAGCCGACAGUAUCUCAAGAAAUUCCUCAGUACACCACAGGCUGGCUGUCUGGUGGAUGAGCCCAAGCAAACAGGACAGUAUAAAUAUCCGGACAAACUCCCAGGACAGAUUUAUGAUGCCGACACACAGUGUAAGUGGCAAUUUGGAGCCAAAGCCAAGCUGUGCAGCCUUGGGGUUAUGAAGGAUAUUUGCAAAUCACUCUGGUGCCACCGCGUGGGCCACAGAUGUGAAACCAAGUUCAUGCCUGCAGCAGAAGGGACCGUUUGUGGCUUGAGUAUGUGGUGUCGACAGGGCCAGUGUGUAAAGCUUGGAGAGCUCGGGCCCCGGCCCAUCCAUGGCCAGUGGUCUGCCUGGUCGAAGUGGUCAGAAUGUUCGCGCACUUGUGGUGGAGGAGUCAAGUACCAGGAGAGGCACUGUAGUAACCCCAAGCCUCAGUAUGGUGGCAAGUUCUGUCCAGGAUCUAGCCGUAUCUACAAACUGUGCAACAUUAACCCUUGUAGUGAAAACAGCUUGGACUUCCGCGCCCAGCAGUGUGCAGAGUAUAACAACAAGCCCUUCCGGGGAUGGUUGUACCGGUGGAGACCCUAUACCAAAGUCGAAGAGGAAGAUCGAUGUAAGCUCUACUGCAAGGCUGAGAACUUCGAGUUUUUUUUCGCCAUGUCCGGCAAGGUGAAAGAUGGGACGCCAUGUUCCCCACACAGAAACGAUGUCUGCAUCGACGGGAUUUGUGAACCAGUGGGAUGUGACCACGAACUUGGCUCGAAGGCAGUUUCAGAUGCAUGUGGUGUUUGCAAAGGUGACAAUUCGACGUGCAAGUUCUAUAAAGGGCUGUACCUCAGUCAGCACAAAGCGAACGAAUAUUAUCCUGUGGUCACCAUCCCACCUGGGGCCCGCAGCAUUGAGAUCCAGGAGCUGCAGCUUUCUUCCAGCUAUCUUGCCGUUCGAAGCCUCAGUCAAAAGUAUUACCUCACCGGGGGCUGGAACAUCGACUGGCCUGGGGACUUCACCUUCGCGGGGACCACGUUUGAAUACCAGCGUUCCUUUAACCACCCAGAACGCCUGUUUGCACCAGGACCCACAAACGAGACACUAGUCAUUGAAAUUCUGACACAAGGCAAGAAUCCGGGGAUCACAUGGAAGUAUGCACUUCCCAAGGUCAUGAACGUAACUCAGCCAACCACAAAGAGGUACCAGUACACCUGGCGCACGGUGCAGUCUGACUGCUCAGUCUCCUGUGGGGGAGGUUACAUCAGCAUCAAGGCCAUUUGCUUACGAGAUCCAAACACUCAAGUCAACUCCUCGUUCUGCAGUGUCAGAACCAAGCCAGCAACAGAACCCAAGACAUGCAAUGCUUUCUCCUGCCCAGCCUAUUGGUUGCCAGGUGAAUGGAGUAUAUGUAGCAAGUCCUGUGCCGGGGGCCAGCAAAGCAGGAAGAUACGGUGCGUGCAGAAGAAGCCCUUCCAGAAGGAGGAAGCUGUGCUGCAUUCUCUCUGCCCAGUGAGCACGCCCACUCAGGUUCAAGUAUGCAACAGCCAUGCCUGCCCUCCAGAGUGGAGCCCUGGGCCCUGGUCUCAGUGUUCCAAGACCUGUGGACGAGGAGUGAGGAGACGUGAAGUCCUUUGUAAAAACUCUGCAUCAGAGACGCUCUCAGAGAGCCUGUGUUCUGGCAGCCCCAGACCUGAGACACAGGAGGGCUGUGUGCUGGGACGAUGCCCCAAAAACAACCGGCUCCAGUGGAUCACCUCUUCAUGGAGUGAGUGUUCUGCAACCUGUGGUUUGGGUGUGAGGAAGAGAGAGCUGAAGUGCAGUGAGAAGACUUUGCAGGGGAAACUGAUAACAUUCCCAGAGCGGAGAUGUCGCAACCUUAAGAAGCCAAACCUGGAACUGGAGGAAACCUGCAACAGAAGGGCUUGCCCCGUGUACAGCGUGGUGGCAGGGUGGUAUUCCUCACCAUGGCAACAGUGCACUGUAACCUGUGGGGGAGGGGUCCAGACCCGAUCUGUCCACUGUGUGCAGCAAGGCCGGCCUUCCUCAAGUUGUUUGCUCCAUCAGAAGCCUCCGGUGCUCAGAGCCUGCAAUACAAACUUCUGCCCAGCUCCUGAAAAGAGAGAUGACCCAUCCUGUGUCGAUUUCUUCAGCUGGUGUCAUCUGGUCCCUCAGCACGGGGUCUGCAACCACAAAUUUUAUGGAAAACAGUGUUGUAGGUCAUGCACAAAGAAGAGCUAG